AUGCAGAAGAGAUGCAGUGGUUGUUCGAAAGUCUCGAAAAGAGACUGGCAGCUCUUUGGCGCCGUACGGAUCUCCACUUCUCAUCAUGGGACCACCGCUCUAGCACGACGAGGUGGACCAGAGAGUACUUCUCUCAAAGCAAGACACAGAUGUUGUUCGGCGUCGACGACGAGGACUUUCGCACACCUUUUUUUGACGUUGGUAUUCCAGCUCUCACCACCAGACACAGAAGCGGGGCGAAUCGGCAUGGCAAUAACCUCGAUUACUAUGAAAGCGUCCCAGCUGCUGGGGAAUGAAGAAAUCGCUUGGGCGGAGUGGGACAAGUACUUGCAGCAGAUCCGGAUUGGCACGGUCGCAGCCAAUCCCGACACCCUGGGCAUCCGGCAGCAGUUUCUCGCCUUCGCGAAUCAAGUCGAGACUCCCCCUGGACGGCCGACUUUUGUCGCGGGACCACGCGAUUACUUUGCUGACGCUGCACAUGCAGACGAUUUGCACUGGUUGUUCAAAAGGCUCGAAAAGAGACUGGCUCUGGCGCGCCGUCCGGAUCUCAGCCUCUCAUAUGAUUCUGCCCUCCACUUGGGCACGACAUGGAUCAGACAGUACUCCGUUUCCAUCAAUGAUGAACAGAGGGAAAUGCAGUACGAUGGUAUCCAAGAAAAAAACGUUGUGGGUGUAACUUUUUUGGAGGAACAGCAUUACAAAUUUGUUUCGCAUGAGGACAGCAAAAACCUGUCAUCCGCAGAUAGUACGUGAAAACGCCCUUUAAUGGACCUUACGAUGCAUGCCAAGCAUGACAGACGCAAUCAUCUUGCAUGUUGCGCAUCACAAAUUUACAAUAGCAGCGUUUUUUUCUUGGAUAGGCGGCUUCGACGCGGUCCGCUUUCAAAAAGAUUUUGUUGACGUUGAUAUUCCAGCCCUCAUAUCCUGUGCAAAAGUAUCGUACUCGUACUACUUGCAGUGAUGCACUACAAAUCUAGGCUGUCAAGGUAAAUCCGCAUUACAAAUUUAAUUUGUAAUGCUGAGAUAAUUUGUAUUGCAAUUUAUACUAGUACGAUACUUUUGCAGUUCAUACCUCAGCGAGGGGAAUCGGCAUGGCAAUAACCUCGAUGACUAUAAUAGUCACUAUGCCUCGAUGCGGUUAGUUAUCGAAAUGAAAAUAAAUCUCUUGACCCCAUACUGAAACCGGAAUUUUGUGAUGCUGAUUUUUUGUGGCCACAAAUCAUUUUGUCGUGCUAGGAGGGAAAAGGUGCGGACUGUAGUGCUGUCUGGGACAGGCAGUUGCUGCCUCUCCAGCAGGAGUACAAGAAGCAACUGCAUUCCCUAGAACAGCAUGCCAUCAAAGUGCCUGAAAAUAGGCGGCGGGUCGUGUGUCCCUUUAUUUUUACCUUCCAGCAAUACAAGUCGCGCAUCAGAAAUCUCUUAUUGAUACGGGAAGGGGGGAUAGGGAUUUGGAUUUUUCCAUACGAUACUAUUCUCGCUCCACCUACCUGAUUUUCAGGUAGAAAUCUCCCGAAACUCCGGACUCUACCAAGAAAUUCUUCGUUCCUCGCAGGCGGAAAGGCAAUUUGAAAUGGGCGGCCUCGGUGGGGGAGUCCGGGGCAUACGCUUCAUAAUUUUUUACAAUGACCUUGACCGGAUCCAACAGCCGGAGCCGGAGGAAGCCCGGGUCUCUGAUGUGGUCUCCAUUACCAUCUAUCUUAUAGUGACAAUAAUCUAAAAUAAAUCGGUAUGGGAAGAAAAACGUGUUACAGUUACACACCCUGAUGGAAGACAAGCAAGACAGACAACCUCUGUCAUGCAAAAAAUGCUUGCCAGCCUCAUUUCGUGCGUGUUCUCCCUUAUAGUCUGCGCAUCACAGGUUUUCUUUGCCAAGUGGAGCAAGUUUGUGAUGCAGAAAUUCCAACACAUGUGUAACUGUAACACUUUUUUCCUGUGAUAAUCGGAGCGAGGUGGGACGACGACGAGCCAGAGCCAUCGACGUCUACAACGAGGAUGGAAAGUCGGCAAACAAAAUACGUAGCCCGGCCCUCUUCGAGGUGGUCGUGGGUGCGCUAUUGAGUACUCAAGUACGAAAGUAGAUCCAUCUUUUACAACUUCUUUACCGCGACGAACGGGUGCCACUGAAGCUUGAUGGUGCCACUUUACCACGAACGGGUGCCCAUAGUGUACGAUUGAAAAAGAAAAAUCUAAAUCAUGAUUAUGCCUAAUAUGUUCAUGGACGUAGGUCCUUAUAAUUUCAGCGUAAGGACAUAACAACUCACGGAGCGUUUAUUGAGACUUAGGUGUGGAGUUCAUCGCUCAUCAAAAGUACGUAUUGUAAAAUUUCUCAGUAGUAAAAAGAACGAC